AUGAGGCGGGACGACCGUGUGCAGCAGGAAGAACCUUCAGCCUCUCACAGCAAGACAGGCACCUCCAUUGAAAGUCAGAGCCAUGUGGGAAAGGCAGGAAAAAAGUGUCCAGUAAUGGUAGAUGGGAUGCUUCAGAAUGGCCCUACGCUGGACAUCAGAGCAGCAGACGGUUUCCUCAGGGACGCCAUGUCCAUCAUCAUGGAGGAGGCUGUGAAUAAAGCCACAGAUAUCAAGGAGAAGGUGUGUGAGUGGCAAGCUCCAGAACAACUGAAGGAGCUCCUGGACCUGGACUUGAGGGAGGGGGGCGAGGCCCAGUCUAAGAUUCUGCAACGCUGCCGAGAUGCCAUACAUUACAGUGUCAAAACAGGUCACCCUCGUUUUUUCAAUCAGUUGUAUGGAGGGAUGGACCCUUACUCUCUUGUGGGUCGUUUCAUUACAGAGGCUAUCAACCCCAGCAUUUACACAUACGAGGUGGCACCUGUGUUUGUGCUAACAGAGGAGGCGGUGCUUAAGAAGAUGAUUGAAUUCAUUGGCUGGAAAGAAGGAGGAGAUGGUAUUCUCAGCCCUGGUGGCUCUGUCUCCAACAUGUAUGCUGUGAAUGUGGCACGAUUCCACCAUUGUCCUGACAUCAAAGAACUGGGACUCUCUGGCAUGCCAAGGCUAGUCCUGUUCACAUCUCAGGAGUGCCAUUAUUCAAUAUCCAAAGCUGCUGCUUUCCUGGGAAUAGGCACCAAGAACGUUUAUGUCAUUCCAUCAGAUGGAAGAGGUAAGAUGAUUCCUGCCGAGCUGGAGAAGAAAAUAAAACAAGCCAAAGAAGAGGGUGCAGUCCCCUUCAUGGUGAAUGCCACUGCUGGGACAACAGUACUGGGAGCCUUCGACCCCCUGGAAGAAAUCGCUGACAUCUGUGAAAGGCACAACAUCUGGAUGCAUGUUGAUGCAUGUUGGGGAGGAGCUGCCUUAGUGUCCAGGAAACACUGUCACCUUCUAAAGGGCAUUCACAGAGCAAACUCGGUUGCCUGGAACCCUCAUAAGAUGUUAAUGGCAGGACUGCAGUGCUGCGCAUUCAUGGUUAGGGACAAAACGGGUUUGUUGGAGAAAUGUCACUCUGCCCAAGCUUCCUAUCUCUUCCAGCAAGACAAAUUCUACAACAUCAGUUAUGACAUAGGAGACAAGUCCAUCCAGUGCAGCCGCAAACCAGAUGCUUUUAAGUUCUGGCUCUUAUGGAAGGCAGUGGGCACACGGGGCCUGGAGGAGAGAGUGAACAGAGCUCUGGCAUUGGCAAGGUAUUUGGCUGAAGAGAUCAAGAAAAGGGAAGGAUUCCGUCUGCUGAUGGAGCCCGAGUACACAAAUGUUUGCUUCUGGUACAUUCCGCCCAGUUUGAGAAACAUGAGCGAAGGCCCAGAGUUCUGGAAGAAGCUGCAUGCGGUGGCGCCAGUGAUCAAAGAGCGCAUGAUGAAGAAAGGCUCCAUGAUGGUGGGCUACCAGACACAUGAAAACAAAGCCAACUUUUUCAGACAGAUCAUUAUCAGCCCCCAGGUCAGCCGUGAGGACAUGGACUUCCUCUUGGAAGAGAUUCAUAAUUUGGGGAAGGACCUGUGA